UUUUAAAGUAAAGCAAUAGGGCCUUCUAGGUGACAGGCAGGAUUUUUGGUCAAUUUAAUAAAAGGAAAGAUAUGGAUUAAAUAUGAUGCAGUUAUAACAUCUGAAUAAGAAAUCGUAAGCAUGACAGUACCCAAAGUGAAAGUAAACCAAUAGGCUUUCUAUUUAAGACAGGCAGGAAUUUGAUUAUGCAGUUAUAACAUCUGAAUAAGGUUGAUGGCAUUUUCAUCAGCAUUUAAAACUGACAGUAUAGAACAAACUACAGCAGUAUGCCAUCUUUGUGAAAUAGAACCCAAUCUCAAAUGGAAAUGUAGGGAAUGCAACCUGUUAAUGUGCCAAAGAUGUAAGGACAAAAUCCAUCCUAAAUUUCCAUCUGCUAUUUAUCAUGAUGUCGUAGACAUAAAGGAUAUCGGGAAAGAUGAAGAUGAUCAAGUAGCAGAACUGAUUUUCACAAAUCUGAAAUGUAAAUUGCAUAAAAGUCAAAUCUGCAGUCUUUUUUGUAAUACCUGUCAUGAAAUUGUUUGUCCCACUUGCUUUACCAAGCGACAUAAAGCGCAUAAUUUGAUAGAAGUAAAACAAGGUUAUAAUAAAAUUGUAGACAAACUGAAAGAUGUUGAUAAAACAAUUGAUCAACAGUUUGACACUUCCAGCAUUAAUGAAGAAAAAAUAAAUGCAGCCAAGUUUGUAGGGCAAAUUAACAAUGCUAGGGCAACCAAGGAAAUUGAAAGUCAAGCUGAAGAAUUGCUAAAAGCUGUUGAAACAUAUAAAGACAAGCUUUUGACUGACCUAAGGCAGAAAUCCAACAGUCUGUUUCUAUCUUUAGAAGAAGAAAGAAAACAAACAAAAAGAACAAGAGAGAGACUUAUGGAACAAAAGAAAAAGGUCAACGAGGUUAACGAGGUAAUUCAGUCUAAAGAUAUGCAAGAAGUUUUUGCUGCAUCAAAACUUUUGGAAAAUAUAGCAAUACCUAAAGCUGCAAUAAAAAAUAACUUUGACUGUCUUCCAACAGUUAUCAGGGGACAAAUUAAAAACAUUUCUAAAGUGUUUGGAUCAAUUCAAGAAAAUGAUUUGAAACCAAACCUUAAGUAUAACAUAAAACAACUGGUUCUACCGAAUUUUGAUCUUCUCUUAGAACUGAACAACUACAAAAUGAUGUUUAGUCCUGAUGGUACCAUGCUGAUUUCUGACCUACAAACAAUACUGAACCUUGAUAUAACAACAGACCCUGUAUCUAUCAUAUCCGAAAUAAAAGCCAGAAGCAACUGCAUGGCAGUAGAUUCUUCUGGAGAUAUUCUGCUGUCUAAUGGUUCUUCAACAUUAGAACUUUUAUGUAAAGAUACCAAGCAAAUUUUACCAACAGGAUUUAACAUUUCUCAAAUGAAAAUGACAGCUGUCCAUGUAUCAUACAAUAAGGACAUUAUAGUAGCAGGUUUUCUUGAUCAAGCAACUAAACUUGUAGUUAUGAAUCCAACAGCAGAGGUAAAGAAAGAAUACCAGUUUGACAAUAACAAGAAACUGCUGUUUACGGAAGUGAUCUGUAUUACAAGUAAUCAAAGGAAUAGCAUUGGCAUAAUAGAUAUAACUUGUGAAGGUGGUAUUGGACGCGUUCUUAUAAUAUGUCUAGAUAGCAACUCUGUCACUGUUUACACAGGGCAUUCUGCAUUUAAAUUUCAAGGGAUUGAAUUUAAACCAUAUGAUAUAGUCUGUACAGCCUUAGAUAACUUUAUAGUAUUAGAUAAACAGAACAAGUCAUUGCAUAUAAUUAACAAUAAAGGUCAGGCAAUCACAACCUUUCUUACUGACCAGUUAAUCGCUGAAAGUCCUGAUGCAUUAUGUAUUAGUGGCACUAGUCACUUAUAUAUUGCAUGUCAUGCUAUUGAGCACUACUGUAAAACCUCAGUUUACUCUGUAGAUAUCUGUGGUUGGUAAUGUCAUAAGAGGGCUCAAGAUUUA